AUGGUAAUAGAUAAUAAUACUUUAAAAAUUUUAUUAUAACUAGAAGCUAGAUUUCAUGAAAAACUAUAUAAUUUAGAUCAUGUUAAUUAAAUGUUAGAAAUUUACUAAGAUUUUGUUUAAAUAUUUGAUAAUUAGAAGUGUGCUAUGAGAGAGUAUUUCCUUGAAAAAAUAUAAUUUUUAAUUAGCAGACCUGAGACAAUAUAAUUAUUAAAGAAACAGAAUGUGCUCACUAUACCUGAAUAAAGUUCUAAAGUUUAAGGGAAGAUGAGAUUUAGUGUUUAUAAAAAAGCUUAAGCUAAUGAAAUGAAGAUUUAAUAAGAAUUAUAAAAUAAUGAACUAAAUCAAACUCACAAUAUGAAUCAAUUACUAUAAGAAUAUGAUAAAGUAUAACAAAAUAUUGAAAAAUAAAUUACAGAAUCUCUUAAUUUUUAAGAUGAACUUCUUGAAAAAAGAAAAAUGAAUAGAAAGAUGAAAACUUAAGUGAUGAUUAAAUCAAUUUCUACAGGUAAUAUUGCUUAGUAAAAGUAAUAAGAUGAAAAUAAUGAUGAAUAAUAUAUAUACAAAUUGCAUAAUGAAAGUGUUUAAAGAAUUGAUAAAAUUGAUUUUGUAUUAGAUCAUGGUGAAUAAUGA